UCCUUUUCACUAUGUUCUUUGUGGAAAAGGAUAGAUAGUAUUAAUUUGGUUUACUCUAGAGAGUUGUUGUAUAAUCGAGUUUUGGUCUUAUCUCGACAAGUACUGAGUAGUUUAGACUUAAAGUAAAGUUAUAAAGUAAUGAAACUACGAUUAUGACUAAAGUACAGAAUUACAGAGUUGAGAGCACAGUGAGCUACAGCUCUUUAUGAUAGUAACUCUAAUGUGAUAGCGCUGAAUGACUUUGAUUAUGACUUCCGAAUUAUGACCUACCGAAUUGAAUAAUUGCUAUUUGCUAAUAAAUUUCUUGUUACUCGUUAGUGGUUAGUGGCCCGCGGCAGUGCUUUGUUGAAAAAUAUAAGUGGCUAUCGCCAUUCACCAGCGUUGUGUAUAUGUUGUUAAAGCGUAAAGCUAAAAAUGUACUGGUGGCAGUUACUCGUAAUUACAAAUUUUUCCGGUCUCUUUGUUAUAGCGGCAGUUAUUCCCGACAAUGAUGAUAUUGACGAACAAGGACUAUACAGUAAGUCGGAUCAUGUCACUAUAUUAACUAAUAAAAAUUUCGACAAAAAAAUUUAUGGGCAAAGAAAUGCUUUUAUACUUCAAUUUUAUAACAGUUAUUGCGGUCACUGUAGAGCAUUUGCACCAAAAUUUAAAAGCUUAGCAGCUGAAUUGGAUCCUUGGAAAAGCAUAGUAAAGCUGGCAGCACUUGAUUGCUCUAUUGAGGAAAAUAAUGUGAUAUGCCGGCAAUACGAAGUUAUGGCUUAUCCAUCCCUAAGAUAUUUACAUGAAAAUUAUGUAAAAAGCAAUGCUAAUGUGGGUGACAAAUUUCGGCCUACUGACAGUGCUGAGCAGUUAAAAAUACAGUUAAUAAACAAAAUGCAAAAUGAACAAACAAUGGGCCGUUUAGAUUUUGCACCAGCACUUAAUAUUGCAUCAUAUACAAAAUUAACAGAUGCUCUAAGCAAAAAUCCGAAGGAUGUCAUUUACACUUUCCUAAUAUUUGAGAAUGAUAACUCAACAAUUGGUUCAGAGAUAGCUCUUGAUAUGAAUGAUUAUGAGCAUGUCAUAGUUAAGAGGGUAUAUGAUGUCAGUGAAUUGGCUGAUACUGUUGGAGUCAGAAAAUUUCCUGGUCUAGUUGCAGUGGGAGCAAAUAUGGAAAACAAUGUACUCAGUCCAAAAACUUUAUUAAAGCAAGACUUACUGAAAGCAAUAAAUACAUUUUUAAAAUUAAAAAACUAUUCAUUCCCAUUAAGAGAAAUUGUCCACGAAGAAAGCAGAAAAUCAUAUCAAAACAACGAAUUUAAAAUGCUAGAUCCUAACAUGGUUUAUUAUAGUGAUUUAGAAAAGACACUAAAAACUAGUUUACACACAGAGAUUACGAGGCACAAGACUUUAAAUAAUGAGCCCCUGCAAGCGCUCAUAGAAUAUUUAAAUGUCAUAAUCUUGGCUUUUCCAUUCAGAAAAAACCUUAAGAAAUAUAUUGAAGACUUACGUGGCAAUCUUAGUAGCAAGAACCAAUGGAGCGGAAGUGAAGUAUAUGAUUUAGUGAUAAGACUAGAAGCAACACAUGCCCCUGUGUUUGCUCCAGAUCUUGAUUACGUGAGGUGUAAAGGUAGUAAAGCAGGUUAUCGUGGAUAUACUUGUGGUCUUUGGACUCUGUUCCACACACUUACAGUUAAUGCUGCCCAAAAACCAGGCACUGAAGGCCCAAGAGUUCUGAGAGCUAUACAUGGCUAUGUUAAACAUUUCUUUGGUUGUACUGAAUGUGCAGAACAUUUUCAAGCCAUGUCUCUCAGAAAUAGAAUAUUAGAUGUAAAAGAUAAUAAUAAAGCAGUACUCUGGCUGUGGAUUUCGCACAAUGAAGUUAACUUGAGACUUACGGGUGACGUAACUGAAGAUCCAAAACAUCCCAAAAUACAGUUCCCAAGUGUAACAGAGUGUCCUGAAUGUAGACAAGAUAGGGGAGCUUGGAACUUGCCUGUGGUGUAUGACUAUUUGCAGAGAAUCUAUGGUGCCAACAAUAUUAAAGAUUUCACGACAGAGUCAGCAGCGGGGUCACCUAGCCCACUCUCCAACCUGCACAUUGGGAUGUUAAGCUUCCUUCUGAUUCACCGCCUCUGGAGAGAUAGUCAACUUUAGAUCUAGGUUAAGGUACAUGAAAUAAGUAUUAUCAACAAGAGCCCAGUUCCAAGACGCCAUAUUGUAUUCAUUCAAUCAUAUGGAUAGUUUUAGUAUAAUUAUUUUUAAGGACAAUCAUGUAAUUCCUCCAUAAGCAACAAAAAAGUGGGAUUAAGCGAGUCAAUUAUUUAACUCCGUAGUAAAUAUAUUCUUAAAUCAUAACCUGCACUUUUUAAAUUUUUUUAUAACUCAACGUACAUUUAAAACGCCACAGCAAAAAAGUUAAUAGAAAUAUAAAUAAGUAUAUCUUUUUUUCCAUAGCUUGUAUAACACUCGAUAGCCUCUAUUAUCAUAUUUUAUCAGUGAUUGGACUUUAAAAAAAAAAGUAAAACGCGCGUUAAAAGUCUUUCCAUCAAAAUAUUUAUACAACCCAUUCUGGGCAAGUUAGCUGUUAGCACAAAACAUAUUAAAUUAUGUCUCAUAAUAAAUAUAAAAAAAAUACAAAUUUUACAAUUUAUUUUUUAUACAAAGAAUUUAUACAAAAAAUAUUAGAAGUUUAACUUACAUUGAAAUAUUGGUGAAAAUUUGGGGGAACACAAAUCUCUGAACUAAAUUUAUUUGACGGGCCUAAAAUACCUGUAUCCCUUGUCAUAGAGAACAGUGUUAAGCAUGAUACUUUUAAUGUCGACUGAGUUCAGUUACCAGAUUUGUGUAGUCACAACAAUAAAUUCAGUUCUUAUAAUAUGUACAUAUAUCAUUUCGACGUCCACGUUAUUUCUUUACAAGCUUUGUAUUAAUUAUAGCUCCUGUUUUUAUAAAUUGAUUUCCUUUAAAUAAUAAUGUCUUAUUUUGCAAAAGAUGGUCUUUCUAAUUAUCUAAUUUUUAAAAAAAGUACCGAGCCUAUCUUACUGAUUAUUAUAUCAAGUUAUUGUUUCCCACAUUUUUUAACUUGCCUAUGACCUCUGCUGAAACAACACAUAUAGUACAAGCUCCUUGGACUAGAUGGUGAUGUACCUAUUUUAUAGUAGGGAUUCAUUUAUCAAUUAUAAAUUCAAAAU